AUGCCGUCUCCCGCAACGCCGCAUCGCCCCUCCAAUCUUGGGGGAAAUACUAAAUCCACCCCAACAAAGCCAAAACCGCUGGAUAUCGGUCAGCCGCUGGGGAUAUAUGACACAAAUUCGGUGCGGGAGAAGGUCCGCAAGUGGCAGCAGCAAGGAGGAGGUGUAAUCACAGCGGAUGAAGUUGUUUAUUACGAGGAAGAUGAGGAGAAUUCGACUGUCGAUUCGAAAUCCAAGCCUACGAGGGGGCCCACAACAAGAAAGCGAAGUAAAAGCACCCCCCGGAAACGAGUUAUCAGCGACGAACACUGGAAGUUGAAUCGCACCCCCACACAAGCUCCUGCAUCCAAGUUACCGCCGCCAAAACGUAUUUCACAGUACACGACCAAUGACCCGAUCCGGAGUCCUCGGGCGGGGAGAAAUGAGUCAAGGAAGGAGGAUAAGCCACGGUCUUCCCCAUCCGCCCGGAGCGUGGAGAGAGAAAAAGCUGGUGCAGACUCGAGGAGCAGAGAACGGAGGAAGUCUAGGGUAUAUCGGGAGGGCGAUUCCCUACUAGGAAGCAAAAUCGAAGAAGAAACUGCAUCGCAUAAUGGGUCGACUAAGUCUACCUCACGGCCCACUAGUGCGGGCAAACCACAUGCAGCUGCUAGACCGGAAUUGGCAGACGAUGCUUCGAAGAAAGGCAGCGUCAAUGACGACGACUUUGAGUGGACGGCAAGUGAAGCUGAUUUCUCAGAGUUAUCAAGACGCCGCGCCCGAGGCACAACUCCAAAUCAGAAAAGUCGCGCACCCCCUCCAAAGAUACCAAAGGGUGGUAUCUUUGAGCACAUGUUCGGGGAAUCAAGAAAGAUAUUUGUAAAACCAGAAGCCCCCAAACCUGGACCUCACAGGGGUUCAAAAAUUGAGGCAUGGCUUUCUGGAACAUCAGAUCCUUUUUUUGACGAUGUUGAUCCGGACGUGGAAGUCCCCGCACCUCUGAAUACCAAGAGCAAUAGGGCUAAGCUGUCGACAAAACGAGAGGAAGGUCGCUCUCAUACCACUGACUCGGGAGCGGAGAGUGAUUCUCGACGGAAGAGCACAAGUAAGCGACGAGUGCCAAGUAGGGAGGAGCGAGUAAAGUCGAUGACGGAUGAGAUAAUGACUUCACAAGAACCACAAUUGGAGACAAGCUCGACCUUGAGUGAGAAGCGAUCUACUGGACACAGAAACAGCCGGUCUUCUUCCAGUAAUAAGGGAAGUAGCUCCCCCGAAAAAGAGACGUCUAGCGAGGUGCAAGACAUCACUUUGACUGAAACACAGACAGUCUCUGAGGUCUCUGAGGUGUCUGGUAGCAAUGCGCCGGUCCCGCUCCACCGAGAACGACCAUUUCCCAGCACAGGAGACCACCGACUGUCCACUAUCGCGUCCGUUGAGUCAAUCAAGACAGGUGAUGAUGCCCGACCCCAAGAACCUGCUCCUGAUGUCCCGUCAGAGGCGCGUGGCUCAACUCCAGUGGGAGAAAAGGAAGAACAGGAAGAAAGGGACCAGUUUGAUCCCGAUUCUCUUCCGGUAGUGUCGAGCCAAUUGAAAAGACGGCUUACCACACAUGAUGACCUCAUGUCUGUUCUCUCUGCGCCAAACAGCAGGAGCAGGAGUAUCAGGUCUGCCCGUAGCAUCCGCACCAACAAAAGUCGCAUCACCAAUGCCACCGUGCCUGAGCUUCUCAAGGAACUAUCAGCCGAUGAAGUCAAAUAUAUGCGUGAGCUGAAAACAUUAGUUGGUGGGGUCAUUCCUGUCUUGCUUACCUGCGUCCUUUCAAAAUCCGAUUCUGCAAUUGCUGCUGGUCUCUUUCGGCCAUCAAUGGACCCGAAAGACGAAUUAAAUUUUAGUAAGCCAAUAGUGGACAUGGGUGUUGCGGUCGAGCGCUUGAAGACGCUGCAUAAGCGAAUUCCCCAGGACAAUGCAGAUUCCCUGCUUACAUGGGCACAGGGAGCACAGAAAGUGUACCGUGACUACCUCAAGUCCUGGAGGUUGGGGUUCAAGGAUGUUAUUGUAAACCUAGCCCCCCUUGACGAAAGUGAGGCGGCGAACAAUGCCGAUACCAAGAGCUUGGACGAAGGUAUGGCAAGGGACGAAAAUGGGGAUGUCAUUGAUAGUGAUGGCGAAAAGGUUGAUGUCGCAUAUUUGUUGAAACGGCCUUUGGUGCGUCUCAAAUAUCUUGCAAAGACUUUCAAAGGGAUCAAUAUGCUUCAGCCGUCUGAGAAGGCCGAGGACGUAUCAGUGGCGUACCAGGGCCUGGUAAACGAAGCUCGCCGUCGUGCGCGUGAAGAGCGGGCGAGACUUGAAGACGAAUCUGCUGCAAGCAUCGACCCGACUCGAGCUCGCGAUCCUGCGACUCUAGGACCGCUUGCCGGUGUGACUGUGAAUAGAGCUCGGAGGGUCCGAGCUCGAGAUUUCUUCAACCUUUCUCUGUAUCAUUCGACCGGGCAGGUUAUAGACUGCCGCGCAGAGCUCCUCCUGAGAGACAAUACACCCGAUAACGGUGCUGGAGGGGAUCUCCUUAUUUGCGAGAUCGAUCAUGCGGAUCGUUGGCUUCUUUUCCCUCCAAUGGACCUUGCGUUUGUCUCUGCUCGCAAUGGCGACAUGAAAGGAGAAAUCGUAGUCAUGUUGCGCAGUCCUCCGGGGCAACCAAAUGCUUGGCAAGAAAUUCUUGUUCUCCGGAUCGACGAGGAAGAUGUUGGGUUUGAGUGGGUUCAAAUGCUUGGUCUGAACCCGGUGCCACCAGUAAUUUGCCGAAGCCAGAGCUUCGUUGAACGAGCGAAGCAGCGGCAGCGAGCACAAGUAGCUUCCUCCUGCACUGAAACCAAGGAGCUUCCAACGAGCUCUAUCACUGUCGAUAUUCCUAUCGGCGAGAGGGCCGUCUCUGGUACACUGCGGCGCUGCUCGCCCAGGGAGAAUUCAUCUGGUCCGAGCACUGUCGGGUCUUCUUUAGCGACCGACUCACGCACUUCCUUACAAACUGCAAUUACCCGCGAAUCAGACUAUGCUGCCGGGGAAUCAGAUUCGCCAACCAAGCCAUCGCCACGAACACAGCAGUCAAUACUACAUUCUAGAGACCCACGAAAAACUGCAACUGGCGACGAGAGAUCCCCCACUAGCCUCAAACGAUCAAAAGCAAAGAGGGUUGUACGGCAUGACGAGGAUAACCCCCCGGUUCCUAGUCUGCCCAAAGAUCACAAUGCCGGUGGCCCUAAGGCGGAGCCUACAACUCAUCGUCCAGAUCAUGACGAAAAGAAAGUCCAUAAAGAACAACAUCCCCCGAAGACUCCUACAAAGGAUGAACCCGAAGCGAUUUCCCCUCGAGUAUCAUCUGUCCCUUCUAUGGACUUACCUAUUAUUCCAAAGCUCAGAAAAGGCAGCAGUCAGACGUACAUCUCUGAGUCUUUGGAAUCUACGUCAGACGACGAGUACGUGCUAGAUUCAUACAGUAUACCCCAGACUCCUACACGGAAGAAAGGUCACUCUCGUUCCAACUCCGACACUUCCGAGCCAACAAAUGGUGAAGAACCCCCUCCACCCCCGCCACACUCUCGUUCCCCAAGUUCGACAGGAUCGAGUCUUUCAAAUGCCCCAAUCCUUAGUCCAAGCGGACCCCUGUCUAGACGUCGUGGUUCUUCUCCAUUGAAGCAUGAAUACGAGCCUUCCACGGCAUCCGACGAAACUUACUCAGACUCCGAAACGUCAACUGUGCGACGCUACGACUUGUACUCCGAAUCGGAUUACUCGGGAUCGGACAGUUCAGAUGAUGAUUCGGAGGACGAACUACCGCCUCUCCAAGAGCACCACGUUUCAAAACUGACUGUGCCGGCCUCCGUGAUUACGUCCGCAACUAGUUCUCUGUCUCCUUCAAAUUCUGUCUCUCAAGGUGGAUAUAGGUCCGUCCCUUCACAGCCCAACAAGUCGUCCACCGCCGUUGCUUCCGUCUUUGCAUGGUCCGAUAAAGGUUCCUGGGAGAGCCUCCUGCCUGAUGAAUGUAAUAUUCAUGUUAGUCCUGGACUAGUCGAAGCAUAUGACGUGAAAUCGGCCUCUGCCUCGGACGACGAUCACACACCGUCCAAACGGGAACGACCACUGAUUGCUCUCGAACUAACACCCCUUGUACCCAUCCGACGUGGUACAGCGAUUGACAUCAGUAUCCGCUCUCCUCCUGCUGAACGGUCGAAAGUAUCAUGGAGCAACAAUAUUAUGUUCCGUUCCCGGAAUGCAGAUGAAUGCGAGAUCUUGUACGGCCUCAUAAACCAGGCGCGCACCACCAACCCUACCUACAUAGCUUUGCAAAACGCCCGAGGCCCUUUCGCGCAACAGCCCACUCCUCUAGAGCGCCCUCCUAAGAGUGGGGGGUUAUUCGGUUGGCCACGUCGCAGGAAGAGCUACCGUGCGUCAAGCUCCCCUCGCUCACUUGCCGACAAUUCCGAGAGUAGCGUUGGGACUAUGAGUAGUGCAUUCUCAGCUUUGAAACGAUUUGGUGCAGGGGGUAAGAUGUUUAGCAUUGCUCGAUCCUCGGUUACUUCUCGGAGUGAUCAAAAAGAAGAUAGCUUAUACUCAAGCUCUGCUGGUUCGGGAACAAACCACACAUCCACUUCGGGAAUUGGCCGAAUAGCAGCCGCUAUUAAGAAUGUCGACGGUAUUGGCCUUUCGAACGCAAAAAUUAGGCUUUACAUGCGCGAGACUCAGUCCAAAUGGCGUGAUAUGGGUGCUGCUAGGCUAACGAUUAUGCCGGCGACCGCGGAGCCUCGACGGUCAGAAACAGCUGUCGGUGGAUCCAACGAUACCAAUACUGGAGCAGAAAGUGUUGAAGGAAGUCCACCAGCUUCUGGAGCUACCUCUCCCCGGCGCACUAUAGAUUCUGAAAAGCGUAUUCUCAUCCGCGGCAAGACACGUGGUGAGGUUCUUCUUGAUGUUUGCCUUCCUGAAAGUUCCUUCGAACGAGUCGCAAGGACAGGCAUUGCCGUGUCAGUUUGGGAAGAGACUGAAGGUGGCGCCAUGCCGAAGAAAGGCGGUGUUACCGGUGGCUCGUCUAAGAUAUACAUGAUCCAAAUGAAGAGCGAAGCCGAGGCAGCAUAUACAUUUGGCCUCGUUGGAAAACUCAGAUACUAG